UUUCCGUGCGCUCCCGGGCAGGUUUUGGGCAGCACAGGCGGCACCGCCGCGCUCGCAGCGCUCGGUGCCCGCCCGGCGCUCGGGGCCGCCCCGUGACGCGCGGCAGCGGCGCCGCCGCCGGAAGCGGGCGCGGAGCCGCUUCCUGUGUUUAUGUAGGGCCGGGCCGGCGGCUCCGGGAGCGGCUCCGGCGGCGACACCGACAGCGGCACCGGCAGCGAGGCGCGGCCGCCAUGGCGGUGUCCGAGAGCCAGCUCAAGAAGAUGCUCACCAAGUAUAAGUAUAGAGACCUAACCAUACAGGAGACAACCAGUGUUAUUACUCAGUACAAGGACCUCAAACCUGUCAUGGAUUCAUAUGUUUUUAAUGAUGGCUCAUCCAGGGAGUUGAUGAGCCUCAGUGGAACCAUUCCUGUGCCUUACAGAGGUAACACAUAUAAUAUCCCAAUUUGCUUGUGGCUGCUGGACACCUACCCUUUCAACCCACCAAUUUGUUUUGUUAAACCCACUAGCUCUAUGACAAUAAAAACUGGGAAGCAUGUUGAUGCAAAUGGAAAGAUAUAUCUUCCCUACCUGCAUGAGUGGAAAUAUCCCCAGUCAGACUUGUUGGAGCUGAUCCAGGUCAUGAUUGUUGUGUUUGGAGAGGAACCUCCAGUGUUUUCUCGGCCUACUGCUUCCUCCAGCUACCCCCCAUACCAGGCAACAGGCCCACCAACCACUUCCUAUGUGCCAGGAAUUCCAGGUGGAAUAUCUCCCUAUCCACCAUCAAGUACUCCAAACCCAAGCUACCCAAACUAUCCUUAUCCAGGUGGUGUUCCCUUUCCAGCAACCACUAGUGUUCAGUACUACCCUUCUCAGCCUCCUGUCACCACUGUUGGGCCCAGCAGGGACGGCACCAUCAGCGAGGACACCAUCCGCGCGUCCCUCAUCUCGGCGGUCAGCGACAAGCUGCGGUGGCGCAUGAAGGAGGAGAUGGAUCGCGCGCAGGCCGAGCUCAACGCCCUGAAACGCACUGAGGAGGACCUGAAGAAAGGGCACCAGAAACUGGAGGAGAUGGUGACUCGCCUGGAUCAGGAGGUGGCUGAAGUUGACAAGAAUAUUGAACUUCUCAAAAAGAAGGAUGAGGAGCUCAGUUCUGCCUUAGAGAAAAUGGAAAGUCAGUCAGAGAAUAAUGACAUAGAUGAAGUUAUAAUUCCUACAGCACCACUUUACAAGCAGAUCCUGAACUUAUAUGCAGAGGAAAAUGCAAUUGAAGACACCAUCUUCUAUCUUGGGGAAGCAUUGAGACGUGGAGUGAUAGAUUUAGAUGUCUUUUUAAAGCAUGUACGUCUCCUGUCUCGCAAGCAGUUCCAGCUGAGGGCAUUGAUGCAGAAAGCAAGGAAGACUGCUGGACUCAGUGAUCUCUACUAAUUUCCCAGACUUUACCUGGGGACUUGGAUUUCCUUGUGAAGCAGCCGUUCUCUUGAUCUUUCUCUUAAUCAGUAGGUGCCCAGAGUAAGUUAUUACAUCAUCCAAGUGUAAGAUAUUUUGAAUCAAUAAUAUAUUUUCUUUUUGGUAAAGACUAGCUUUUAUUAAUGCACUUUCUAUCUCCUGUAAUCUUUGUGCUGGUGGACUUAACGCUGAAUAAAACUUGUUGCAUAUUUUCUUCCUCUACAGAA